CUGCGUGUCAUCUACUAGCGGAACUUCCUUGGGUAUGGUUUAUUUGAGCAGCACAUUGCAUCGGAAUGAAAGAGUAACAGUGCAGCUUGUGCUUGGAAUAGUGACAUUUAUUGCCUAAUUAUUCUAUCCAUAGGUUUGGGGUUUUCUCGUCCUGUGAAAUACACUAAUAUCCACUGAUUUGUGACAGAAAUGGCCUCAUCAAAGAAACACUACAACAAACGGGCAAUGCAUGAAGACAGUCAUGGAAAUAAUUCUAGUUCAAAACGAAGGAAAGUCAACUCAGACGAUUCAAGACAUAUAUCUGCUCUUAUUCUCGCCCGAGGAGGAAGCAAAGGGAUCCCUCUGAAGAAUAUAAAGAUGCUGGCAGGUGUUCCUCUUAUCGGAUGGGUCAUCAGGGCAGCCUUGGAUUCUGAGGUCUUUGACAGUAUUUGGGUGUCCACGGAUCAUGAUGAGAUUGAGAGGGUGGCAAAAGCUUGGGGUGCUCAAGUGCACAGGAGGAGCCCAGAGGUGUCCAAAGACUCCUCAAGCUCACUGGAGACGAUUCAAGAGUUCUCUAGAAGGAACGCAGAUGUUGAUGUCAUCUGUAACAUCCAGGCCACUUCUCCAUGCCUGCACCCGUACCAUCUCAAACAGGCCCUGGAGCUCAUGACCAAACAAGGGUUUGAAUCGGUCUUCUCUGUUGUCCGGCAACACCACUUUAGAUGGCAAGAGGUCAAGAAAGGAGGGGAUAUUUGCACUCAACCUCUGAACCUGGACCCAGCUUGCAGGCCGCGCCGUCAGGACUGGGAUGGUGAGCUGUGUGAAAACGGCUCCUUUUACUUUGCAACCAAAGACCUCAUAGAAAGAGGUCUUCUUCAGGGUGGAAAGAUGGCAUACUUUGAGAUGUUGCCCGAGUUCAGUGUGGAUAUUGAUGUUGACAUAGACUGGCCUGUAGCUGAACAGAGAGUGCUGAGGUUUGGUUACUUUGGUAAGGACAAGCCAGAGGUUGUGAAGCUCCUGCUUUGUAACGUGUCCGGAUGUCUGACAGAUGGUCAGAUCUACAUAUCAGCGAGUGAUGAGGAGAUGGUGUGCAUCAACAGCAGAGACCAGGCUGGCAUCAAAAUGCUGUUGAAAGAGGGAGUGGAGGUUAUUUUGAUAUCCUCCAAAGAAAACACUAUACCAAAGACAUUAGCUAACAAACUCUCCAAGAGAAUGGGCUGUCCAGUCCUGCAGGGAGUGGCUUACAAACUGAAGGUGGUGAAGAAACUGAUAGAGAAGAAACAACUGGAGUGGAAAGAGGUGGCUUACUUAGGGAAUGAUGAGCCAGAUGUGGAGUGCCUGAUUCUGGCAGGGCUAAGCGCAGUACCCCUGGAUGCCCCUGUGGUGGCGCUCAAUGCUGCAAAAUACUCCUGCCAUAAAGCAGCUGGUCACGGGGCGGUGAGAGAGUUUGCUGAACACAUCCUGCUGCUGAAAAAGAAGGCCAAGUCUCAGAUGGAGUAGGAUAGAAUUGGAAGAGACACGUUCUAGAUGCCAUUUUGCUGUACAGCUUCAGUUCAGCCUAAGACAUGGAUGGGAAUCUGAAACAAUAAUAAAAUAUUUCAUAACUAUUUUAUUUGUUGCCAAAGUAAAGAUGACGUAUCAUUGUAUUUAAAGAAUUGCCUGUGUGUUUGGAUGUUACGUAUAAAAUUAUGAAGAUGAUGGUGAUGAAGAAAAGUUGUUUCUCUUUUUCUUUUUUUAGAUGAUUUAUUAAUGAAACACUACUUUGACAUAUUUCCUAAGUUCUAUUGCUGGAAAAUGUUUUUCAGGAUCAUAAAAUAUAAUUAUUGUUAUAAUCAAAACUGCAAAUAAUUUCUGAUUAUUUGGAUACAAUAUGUUGUGAGAAUAUUGCGGUAUAUUGCGGAGUCUCAGCUGACCACAACUGAUGUGGCUUGAUUGUAAAUGCAUUACUUUUUGUUUUGUUAAAAUGAAUGUGUGUGUGUGUGUGUGUGUAUAUAUAUAUAUAUAUAUAGUAUUGUGAUACAUCUGUGCUUUUCCCUUGUGAUUUGUAGUUGUUUUAAACUAUGUAUUAAAGGAAUAUUCUGGAUUCAAUACAAGUUAAGCUCAAUCCACAGCAUUUGUGGCAUAACAUUGAUUACCACAAAAAUAAUUUUUGACUCGUCCUUCCUUUUUCUUCAAAAAACCAAAAAUCGAAGUUACUAUGGGGUACUUACAAUGGAAGUGAAUGGGGCCAAUUUUUAGAGAGAGUAAAUGCAUGAGUGAAGCUUUUAGUUUUAUGAAAGCACUUGCAUUAAUUCUUCUGUUAAAACUUGUGUAUUAUUUGAGCUGUAAAGUUGUUUAAAUCAUCAUUUUAGGGUUUGUUGACAUCACCAUGGCAGUGAAUUUGUAAAAUUGGCUAUAACUUUACACAGAAAAGGUUAGUAAGAGAUUUUAUCACACUAAAAUCAUGUUAACAUGCAUAUGGUUUGUGUCUUGUGGCUAUACUUUUGAAACAGCGAGUAUUUUAAUGUUUACAGAUUGGCCCCAUUCACUUCCACUGCAAGUGCAUCACAGUUUUUUGCUAUUUUUUAAAGGAGGGACAAACUUGAGCUUAACUUGUAUUGAACACGGAAUAUUCCUUUAACAUUCAUUUGUAAAACUGUCAUACAUUGAUCACUACUUGGUUUAUUUGCACAAAUAGAUAUCGAGUCACCACAUUGUUUUGUUUUUGAAGUUCUCUAUUGCAUUUUCUAUCAUCACUGAUUUGUAGUAGUU